GCAGGAACCGUGCAAAUCGAGGAGAGGGGGGACUAACAGGCUGGAUAGGGUCCAGUUGAGGGUCUGGGAGUCCUCACUGAGAGCCUACUUAGCAUGAGCGCCCCGGCAUCUUAGGACCUGGAUUUGUGUGGACUACAGUAACUGCCAGACCUAGGAAGGUCCUUCCAGCUGGUCCAUGGUGCCCUCGUCCUGCAUCAGAACCCCCGCAACUCGGAUGCUCUGAACCACCCUUCUCAACCCGGAUCUAAAACCUGGGACACAGCUAUCAGGCCAGCCUCUCUCGCCACCCCACCCCCUCUUUCUGGCUUCCAUCCCCUCCCCAACACCACCUCUGCUGCUGCCUCUGGCUGUGGACCUUCACCUCUUCCCACCCCUCGCCAGGCCUGGGGUGUGGGGUGAGCAUGGAUAAGAGAUCUCUCAACCUGGGGUCCUCCCAUGCCAUGGCCCGUGUGCUCCCAGGGAGGAGCCCCAGCCCCUGAGCAUCUGCUAGAAGCUUGGCAGAGGCCCCGUGGGGACUGUGUCUUCUGAGGACAAAAGGCUGCGGCCAGCAGGCACAUGGGGUGGAGUGGGGGUGAACCCGCAGCCAGACAGGCAGACCGGUAGAAGGAGCCAGCACUGCCCCCCUUUAGCAGCUUAGCGGUGACAUGAAAAUGGGGAUAGGAGUGGGUAGUGGGGGAAGCACCUACCCGGGCUCCCACCUGCCAGCUACUUGGGAACCCCAAGGCUGUGUGCUGCCCACCUGGUGUUCCCCAACAUUUUCAGCCCUGCCAAGUGCACCCCUCUGGUGCCUGCUUCCCCUGGUGCCAGCAAUUUAGACCAGCCCGGCUGUAUCCACGGCAACAGAAGCAAGAGUGGCACUGGCUGCCAGAACACUGAGGGUCCCACAAUGUGGCCUGAGCUGUGAUUACCCUGGGUGGGACAGCUUGAGUCCCCUUCCAGAAUUCCAAGACAGCCCUGCUUGGAGAACCCAGAUGCCCAUGUUGUGUCUGGGACCUUCAGAUGUAUGGCACAGUAGCCAGAGGUCCCUGUAUCUGGAGGGUCAGAAAAACCUGGUAUAUGGACAACAUGGAUUCUACCAGGGACAUGGCCCCUAACUACUAGCUCUGCAGCUUUAGUGGAAGCCUGCCACUUAUUGAACCGCAGUUUUAUCAUUUGUCAAAGAGACUGGUAAUUCUUCCUUCAUGGGUGUAGCCCAGAAGGACAACUGAUGGGGUCCCUCAGGGCCCAUCAAGUACUGGACUGGCUGACCCCAUAGGGUUGGGAGUAGUCCUUGCCCCUCAGUAUGGCCAACACCACCGGAGAGCCCGAGGAGGUGAGCGGCGCACUGCCUCUGCCAUCAGCAUCGGCUUAUGUGAAGCUGGUGCUGCUGGGAUUGAUCAUGUGUGUGAGCCUGGCAGGCAAUGCCAUUUUGUCCCUGCUGGUGCUCAAGGAGCGUGCCCUGCACAAGGCUCCUUACUACUUCCUGCUGGACCUGUGCCUAGCUGAUGGCAUACGCUCUGCCGUCUGCUUCCCCUUUGUACUGGCUUCUGUGCGCCAUGGCUCCUCAUGGACCUUCAGUGCUCUCAGCUGUAAGAUCGUGGCCUUUAUGGCUGUGCUCUUUUGCUUCCAUGCGGCCUUCAUGCUGUUCUGCAUCAGCAUCACUCGCUACAUGGCCAUCGCCCACCACCGCUUCUAUGCCAAGCGCAUGACACUUUGGACAUGCGCAGCUGUCAUCUGCAUGGCCUGGACCCUGUCUGUGGCCAUGGCCUUCCCACCUGUCUUUGACGUGGGCACCUACAAGUUUAUACGUGAGGAGGACCAAUGCAUCUUUGAGCAUCGUUACUUCAAGGCCAAUGACACAUUGGGCUUCAUGCUUAUGUUGGCUGUGCUCAUAGCAGCCACACAUGCUGUCUAUGGCAAGCUGCUCCUCUUCGAGUAUCGUCACCGCAAGAUGAAGCCAGUGCAGAUGGUGCCAGCCAUCAGCCAGAACUGGACAUUCCAUGGCCCUGGGGCCACUGGCCAGGCUGCUGCCAACUGGAUCGCCGGCUUUGGCCGUGGGCCCAUGCCACCAACCCUGCUGGGUAUCCGGCAGAAUGGGCACGCAGCUAGCCGGCGGCUGCUAGGCAUGGACGAGGUCAAGGGUGAGAAACAGCUGGGCCGAAUGUUCUACGCCAUCACACUGCUCUUCUUGCUCCUCUGGUCACCCUACAUUGUGGCCUGCUACUGGCGAGUGUUUGUGAAAGCCUGCGCUGUGCCCCACCGCUACCUGGCCACCGCUGUUUGGAUGAGCUUCGCACAGGCUGCUGUGAACCCUAUCGUCUGCUUCCUGCUUAAUAAGGACCUCAAGAAGUGCCUGAGGACUCAUGCCCCCUGCUGGGGCACAGGAGGUGCCCCAGCUCCUAGAGAACCCUACUGUGUCAUGUAAAGCAGGUGGAUAGGCAACAGGCAGGGAAAAGGUCAUGGGCACCAUGAUGGGGAGCAAGGGAAGGGUGAGGCCCCAUACAGAAGCCUUCUUUUUGAGCCCCAGCCCCAGCCCCUCUAACCACCCAUAAUUAAGGCACCUUUGCCAACACCUCCCUAGGGUGGAGAACUGAGUGAGGAACUGGGAAAGAGGCAUUUCUAGUUUUGUGGGACCUAUCUCCACAGCCUCCUUCUCCACUUCUACAAUCUCAUAUUUUCCUUCCCUCUCUCCUUCCCUCUUCCCUGUUCCCUCCACUUCUCUCCUCUUUUUCAAGUGACAAUUCAGAAAAAGAAAACAAAACUGAAAAAUGCAGGGUUUUCUACUAACAACUGAGGAAACAGGCUUUCUUGCUUAAAUGUCCCUCCUUCUGACAUUGUCCAAAAUGAGGGAAUCCGUUCUGUAAAAUAGAUUCUAGAGAUCUUAUUGAGCCCGGUGCUCCCAUUCACUCUCUCCUUCCAAGUCUUAUAGCCAAGCCUAGAUAGGAGAAAUUGAUCCAAGGCUGCUGACAAGAGGGACCAAAGGGAGCACUGGGUUCCUGGGGGGAGGAUGUCUAAUUGCUAUGUGGUGUGCAAUGUUGUCUUUGGCUAACCCUGGUCCCAAACCCAGUCUCCUCUCCCUCCCCACAAAUGUCCAGAUUUCCCAAGUAUUUCUUGGGGCUCUUUUGUGAAGCCAAGAGGGUGGGGAGAAAGGCCUCCAAGAUGGGCCCAGGCUAGGUGAAGAGCAAGAUGGGAGAUGAACUCCUCAACCUGAAGAGACUAAGCUUGACUACCUUCUCUCAAGUUUCCUUCUGGAUCCUAAGCUCCCAACUUUUCUUCCUAGUGAUAUACAUCCACUCCAGUCCCACUAAGGAUGAUGUGGAUUCAUGAAAGCAAGGGCAGCCCCCAGGGAAGCAUAGGGAGCAAGAUGAACUCCCUAGAGUCUGGGGUCAGCUAAAUUCAACCCCAGAAUUGUCUUCUUGGUGCAUAUAACUCUUCUGAAGAUAAAAAUUCUUUUGGGGUCUUGGUAACUAAUAAUGGUAUAAACUCCAGGGCACUAUGGACUUGACCUCUUUUUGUCCUUCUUAAGCCUCAAACCUCUCCUUAGUUGCCCUUGACCUUCUGGUCCCAAAAUGCCCUUCCUUCCAACAGUCCUCUUCCUUCCUCUCUCCACCCUUACCUAUACCCAAAGUGGAGCAGACUGCACCCAGAUUCCCCAGAUGGAAGGUCCAAAGUCUCCCUUCCAGUGACAGAGCCCACUCUGGGUUUAUUUCAAGGCCAGUUCUGUGGACUGGUGAGCCACACUGGCUUUCCUUUGCCUGAGCUGGCCCAUGUUAUCUGUUUCCCACUCAUUUCCUGCAGAGACAGGGAUCUAUCUGUAUUUAUCCAGCCCCUUCUCUUCCUUAUAUAAGCCCCUGUCUUAAUCUCCCUCCCUACCCCAAGACAGUUCCUGAGCUGGGCAAUUCUUGACCCAAAAGGAAUACGGAGGGCACUCUAGACAAAAGAGAUAUUAAUGAACCUGGCUAUUGAGUGGCCCUGGAAAGGAAGGCCAGAGUGGCUGAAAGGUUGGGAGUGUGUAUGGGGGGCAACCUAACCUAUUUUCUCAGUGAUAGUGAUGGGGGUGCCUUUCUGAGGGGUGGGGUGGAAAGACCAAGGGGGUUGGGGAACAAGUAGGGUAUGCUUAGGAGGGUUUUCCUCCAUUUCUUUUUUCUAACUGCCUGGAUUCAUCGUUGGAUUUUGUAAAUGGAAAAACUGAAAAGAAAAAUGUUAUAUUGGUCGUUUUCUUUUUAUGUGUGUGUCUGUGUCUUGUCUGUAUGAACACGUGGGAUGGUAUGCUUGAGUGAGACAGUGUGAGACUGUGUUGCUUUGUGUGGAGAGGAACCCUGAGGGAAACUUGCCUGAUACACAAAUGUGAGCAAACACCUGUGUGUGGAGAAAUGUAAUCACACACACACACACACACACACACACACACACACACACACACACACACAUAGCAGUUGAGAGGAGAUAAAACCUAGUAUGUGCCUGCAGCAAGAAAUAGAGUGUUUGGAAGAUGAAAAUUCUAUGUAUGUGUGUGUAAGAGGGCCAAGUUCCACCUCAUAAGAUUGUCUUCAUCCAGUGAGAAGGGAGGGAUAGGGAAGAAUACUUAAGAACCCCACCUCUUCCCAAUAUCUGGAGAUUCAAUCUCCUCCCCAAAACUCAAACAAGAUGUUUUCGAAAUCGGACCACCAUUGGGACUGGAGGGAUGGCUUAGCCAUUAAGGCAUUUGUCUACAAAGCCAAAGGACCUAGGUUCAACUCCCCCGAACCUCAUGUAAGCCAGAUGCACAAAGGGGCGCAUGCGUCUGGAGUUCAUUUGCAGUGGCUGGAGGCCCUGAGCACCCAUUCUCUAUCUGCCUCUUUCUCUCCUUUCUCUCUCUCUCAAAUAAAAGUAAAAAUAUUUUUUAAAAAAGAAAAUAAAUUGGACCACCAUGAAGAAUGAAAAUUGGGGAUCAAACAUAAAAGUAACUGAUGAGGUUAGAAAAUGGUUCCAGCCAAGUAGUGAAUUCUGGAGGAACUGCCCAAUCUGACCUGGGAGCCCUUCUUAGGACUUUAGUCAGCUUUGACUAAAUUCAGUGGAAGGUAUGGCAUGGGGAAAAAAAUCUAGGUCUGCAGGGUUCUACCCAGCUAGCCUACUUCUUGGGCGCUCAUUAUUAUUUAUUUAAUCUCUUGGGUGCACAGAAUGGGGCUGACCACACUACUCAGUUGGCACAUUGUCAUCAUUGGUCCAUGCAAAGUCCUUUUAUGGUUUUGUUUUGUCCCUGUCAUCACUUAUCCCUGAUCCCAUUCUCUUCCACCCCACAAAGGCACUCACUCUUGUGUAUUUAAUGUAUGUCUUUCCAAUCCACCGUUCAUAUGUUUAUUUACGUAUAUGUAUCUGUGGAAAAUAUAUGGUAUUGAUGUGUGUUUUUAUUUACAUAAACAGUAUUGUACUAGAAA